ACAUGGCAGCCGGCUGUGCCCUGGUGUGAUCGCCCCCCCUCCUCUGACCGUCUCUCUCCCUUCACCAUGGAACCGGACACCGGCAGCGCGUGGCCGGUGGCUCGGUAACGGAGGCGCGUGCAUGUGUCGGUGAGGAUGUUCUGUUGUCGCGGGAUCGCGGGUUUCCGGUUCGCUGUGUCCGCGCGCGGUUCGGUGGCACGCGGACUCGAACCUGCGUCAUGGCGGCUCUCGCGAACACCUGUCACGGAGUGCGCGUGGCUCGUGAGGCCCCACGGGACGAGCUGCUGGACCGGGCUCGUGCAGCCGAGCUUCCGGUACCCGGGGCUCCUCCGGUACCGGGGAGGUCAGCAGAGGUUGCUGCUGGUCUCCCGGUGCUCCCCCCCUCCUCCUGAGGCCCGGGGGCUCUGCACCGGGACCGGGAAGGAGACACCGGGAAGCCCCCCCCCCGUAGGUGACCGGCCAGAGGCCAGCCCGGUACCGGGACAAGGACUGUUCAAGUUCAAACAGCUGUACGAGAACCCGUGGACGAUCCCCAACCUGUUGUGUGUGUGUCGGAUCCUGCUGGCGCCGUACCUGGGUCACCUGAUCAUCCAGCAGCACUUCCACCUCAGCCUGGCUCUGUUCACGCUGGCGGGAGCGACUGACCUGUUGGACGGGUACAUUGCUAGAACGUGGCCCACUCAGAAGUCGGCGUUGGGCAGCGCUCUCGACCCGUUGGCCGAUAAAAUCCUCGUCAGUAUUUUAUACGUCAGUCUCACGUACGCUGAGCUCAUACCAGCUCCUUUGACGGCGCUCGUGAUUUUCAGAGAUGUUGGUUUGAUCGCUGCUGUUUUCUGGAUCAGAUACAAAACUGUUCCUUCGCCGGUGACACUGGGUAAAUUCUUUAACCCUUGCUACACAACAGCACAGCUCAAGCCCACGCUUUUCAGCAAGGUGAACACAGCCAUUCAGCUCUUCCUGGUCGCAUCUUCUCUGGCUGCUCCGGUCUUCCAGUACACAGACUGUGUCCCGCUGCAGUUCCUAUGGUACGUGACGGCGGUGACCACAGCGGCGUCGGGCUACAGCUACUGGCACUACGGCCGCAAAACCGUCCAGCUGCUGAACACCAGGUCGCCGUGACAACCGCGCCAGGUAGCGGCCACGAGGCAGAAGGAGGCAGAACAAACCGGCGAGCAGCCGCCACCGCACAGACUCUGAUCGGCCGUGGCAGAAGUCGGACAGACAGCUGGACGACCGCCAGCAGCACUGAAACCAAGUCGCUGUGACAUCCAUUUACGAGUCGCCAUGGGAACGACGCAUGCAAACUGAGCGACGGCUGGAGAUUGUUUUACUGCAACACACACUACAGGAGCCUCACUGGAGCGGCUGUGGACACGAGACACAAACAGCUGAGACCGACGUCAACCGUCCACAUGGUUCACGUCAACUCGUCCAGCAAGAGCUUUUAUUUUGGUUUGUCAAUCGGGAGCUUCAGAUUCCAUCAGUCACAUGAUUGUCAGUUUUGUAAACCUAUGAUUAAAAAAUAUAAUAUUAAUCUC